ACUUUGUAAACAAUGUCAUGGAAAUUUCAUUUGAUAUAUGCCCAAAAUCGUGUUAGUGUACUAUUUAUUUUUUUAAAAACGUCUACAGAAAGAAGGUAACAAAAAAAAGAAAGAAGAAAAAGAGAAAACCAUAUAUUUCUAACGCAAGAGAGGACCAAGAGAGUCGGGAGGUAAAUAUGGCCAAAAGUAAAGGAAGUUCCAGCCGCCGGCUUUGCCGUCCAUCCAGUAUGCCCAGUUGUUGUCGUUCCCAGCGUUCCGGUCAGAGUGACACAAGUCGCAGCUUUUGCAGUUAUUUCUCUCAGUCAAUGUGCGAUCAAUAUUACAGUGCAAGUCCUCUGGAUGUAGCCUAUUCAGCUCAUCUGGAGCCUCCAUCCAAUUGCCAUCGGAAAUUGAGUAUACCGAAUCGUUCGCGUGUGGAGGCCGAUUCGGUGGGCAAGGCUGUGGGUCUGGUAUGUUCGAAUGUCAAAGUUCAGUCCUCUGAACGUGAAUUCAAUGAAAUGAAGCGAGACGAGGCAGAUGCUCUCAAUUUUGCCACCUAUCUGAAGGCAUUCGCCUUGAUCUAUGUUUUGCCCGAGGGAGAUUGGACAGCGGAAAAGAUUGAUAUGUUGCUGCAAGAGGGCGCCGAUCUAUUCAAUGAGACCAGUGAGGGGGAUGAGGGGGCGGAGGAUGAGGCGGUCAUUGGCAAUCUAUUACUUCGUCAGCCUACCAUAUACACCGAUGCCGAGCUGAGGGUUAAGCGUACCUUCACCUUGGAGGGACACACAUUUACAUUGGCUUUGGAGCCACGAUUUUGGGGCGAUGCCAAGACACCAGCGGAACUGCAGCCACGUCAUAUAAUGAAGAAUCUUCGUCCCAUACUCUUGAGUUUCUUUCGCACUGGAUGCUAUUGCCUCUUGUUGACCAAGGUGGGUCAUCUGCUGAUCUGGAAGCGGCGACGUCAUGCCUAUUUCGUGUUGGAUGUGAAGGGCAGGCGCAAGUACGAUUUGUCCAGUGUCAAUGAGCAUGGUGUGGCCAUGUUGGUCUGCUUGCAGACCAUCGAUAAUGUUGUCCAUUUGGCUAGCAAUUUAAGUGGCAUUCAGCCCCAAGAUGAAUUCACCAUACGUGAAUUGGUCGUGAUGCGAUUGGUUACCCCGGAUGGCCGUAUAUUUCUACGUGAUGCCAAAGAACGUUCGAUUGAGUUUCGUUUGAUCGACAAGAAUUAUGCCUAUCUGAAGAGUAAUCUCCAUUUGUCCACAAAUCCAAAUGAACCGCUCAAGAAUCGCAGUGCUCUGAUGGUGGGUGUUGUCGCCAUUUUGGCAUCGAAAAUCGAUCAUCCGGCCACAUGGAAUACAAAUAUGUUGGAUCAACUCAUUUGCUAUGGCGUUGAAUUGUGCCGCUCCUUGUGGGCCGAAUCUUGGGUGAAAACCCAUCCCAUUGAUCUGGAUACAUUUCCCACACAGUUGCGUCUGGGUCAAUUUGUGAUUGAGCUAAAGCUAAUACCAAAUGUUCGUCUUUCCGAUUGGCGGUGCGGCAUUCGUAUCCAGGGCACCAACUUUGAGCAUAAUAUUCGAGCCUCACUGGAACAAUUCUCCAAUUGUCUAUUCCAAAUUAAUAAUCAAAUGUAUGCAAUUUGGUUAAAGGACUCAUUUUAUUAUCUUCUCGAUCCGUAUCGCCAUCAUGUGAUGGGCACUCAUGUGCUGGAGGAUAAGGCCUUGGAUGCCAAAUGGGCGACAGUUCGCAUGUUUCGUGAUCUUCAUACAAUGCUCAGUGUAUUCCAGCAGGUGCUUAAAGCAUCGAAUCGUCAGAGUCAAUUUUAUAUACAUGUGGUUAGGAUCAAAAAUCUGGCUGAAUGUCCCCGGGGUUAUGCCCUGCAACCGGUGCCCAAGGGUCAGGAGUUUGAGGUGCAAUCGCUGGACGAGAGAAUCUGCUUUAAGCAGCAGGAAGCCACAAAUUGUGCCAAAUCUCUAAUGGAAAUCAGUGACUAUGAGGCAGAUAUUAUGGACAAAACAAUUUCACAAUCAGUGGAGAAUCUCAAGUUGUUGGAUUCCUCCGAGGAUGAGUACUUUGGCGAAGGAGACAAUGAUGAUGAUGAUGAUGAUGAUGCGGAUGAUGAUGAUGACUAUGCCAAUGGGGAGGCACCAAGAGAAAGAGUAAACGCUGGAGAUGAACAGAAAAUGCUCAAAUCCAAAGCAUUUGCCCUUGCUCUCUCCAAUAGCCAAUCCAAAUUGGCUAGCAAACCGAAAAAACCAUUCAAAUUCCAGAGCAAAAAUACAAUUUUAACACCCAAGAUAAUCAAACCCAUGAGGACGACGACCAUCAUUAGGAAAGGUUUGGGUGGAACCUUUGCAAUGGCCAAAAGAUUUCAAGACAGUCCAAGAAAACAAAACGACAAUGAAAAACAGCAGAAGCAAGUCAAACUCACAAUCGAGGAGAAGAAAGAUCAGAUCAAAUCUCAUGGUGCCACAGAACAGAGGACCAAGGGGGGGACAAAUCCUGUCAUCUCAGCAGACCAGCCAACUCCGCCACGUGAGGCUCUUCGAAAUGUCAAUAAAAAUGAGAAUAAGUAUCCUGCUACCAAGCCAACGAUUCAUUAUCCCUCUGUGGUUGGAAAAUUCAAAUUGGAAUCCCCCAAGGAGGAGGGUAAGCAGCAGCGUGCCGAAAAAGAUUCUCGUUGGUGCAAAGGCGGCCAAGAUAAACACAUGACAAUAAGUCCAACUCAGCAGCAGGCAAAGCUCAAUUAUCCGGGAUUCACACGCAAUCCUCAUGUCCUGGCAGUGGUCGGUUCGGAAAGUGGCACCGUCGAGAGUCUGCAUCGUCUAUUGAGUUCAGCUUUCAAAGUUGCCGGCCGUGUCCUAACUAUGACACCCUGGGGCAAUUAUGUGGUCUUCAAGCAUUUGCCCAACAAAGAAAUCAAAUCCUUGGCCACUUACUAUGUCUUCGAUGGCUGCACCUGUAACAUUGAUCGUUUUCGUCAUCUGGAUUUGAAUUGUGGCCAGGCGGGACUCGUCCCGUUUCCCAGUCAAUCGAAGGUGGUGUGCCACAUGAUUGACUCGAGGGAAACGAAAGCAUUGCGUAUGCUACGGACACGUCUGGAUGAGUCCUGUCGCCGUUUUGAGAGCUUCCUCGAAUGUGAAACUCAAAGCAAUUCAUUGCAUUAAUUACAUCAUUAAUUGUGUUUUUUUUUCUUUUUUUUACUAUUGUAAUAUUUUAUAUACAAUCUAAACUCAAAAUUUCUAGAAGUAAAUGACAAUUUGUGGACGCCAUAA